AUGGAGAGAAUAUAUGAUGCUAAGAGGUGUGGGGAUGAAAACCGACUUGCUUUUACCGAGUAUCUACAGACUGGAGAGGCCGGUCACUGGUGGAAUAGUACUAAGAUGCUGCUGGAGGACGAGCAUACCCCUAUUACAUGGGAAAUAUUCAAGAAGAAGUUUUAUGAAGAAUAUUUCCCAAAUAGCGUUCGGUUCGCCAAGGAGGUGGAGUUCCUUCAACUAGUGCAAGUGGAGAGGGCUAAGGUACUGAAGAAGAAUAUGAUGGAAGCCGAGCGGCGUAAGAAGCAACAACAGCCGAGCUGCAAAGGACCUGUCUUCUCUAGGACCAAUCUCGGUUCCAUAAAGACUCCCUACUCUCGGCCCAUGCCAUCCUCAGGUCCGUCUGGAUUGGUCGUCUGGCCUAUUAAUUAUGCAAGACAGAUCGGUCAACAGGGGGCCGUGAGCUAUUAUAUAUGUGGAGGACCCCAUUUCAAGAACGAGUGCCCUCAACAAGGGAACUCCCGGUUCUGGGUUCGGUGUAACAAGAACGGGCACUGGGGAGAGAUUGCAAUAUGGGAAACCGAGCGUUCUCAAGGCCACCAAAUGCUGGAAGAUUCCAACAGGGAGGUGGCCGAUCGCAGGCAGCGGGCCGAGUGUAUGCUAUAA